AAAAUUAUAUCUGAAAUAGUUUUGAAUUGAUUUUCAUUUAUUUAUAUUAAAUAAAAUCUAAAUAUUUUUAUACAAAUUACAAUUUAAAUGUUACCAUCACUCCUACCAAGUUAGGCGUAAGAGUAUACAAUUUUUAAAUAAAUUAGCCGGCUUUUAGAUAACAGGUGCUAGCGCCCGACUUGGAUAUUGUUGAAGCAAUAAAAACAUUUAUAAUGGUUCGAGUUAUAACUCAGGAAACUUACGACGAGGUAGUGAAGGAGAAUAUUGAUGAGUUUGAUAUGAGCCCAGAAGAGGCUAUUAAGGAAGCUAUAGCACAAUUUGAAGCCCAGGGUGUGGACUUGUCAAAUAUCAUUAAGGACUUAUCUCUUAGUUCAGAAGAUGUUCAUCUUGUGAGCGCAGCUGUUAAGAAGUUAAAAGAUAUUUGCAAUGAGGACAGUGAAGAGAUUAUAACACAACUCAAUGUAUUAAUGGCCGAAUGUAAUAAAGAUAUAGCACAUAGAAUACGAGCGGGAAAGGAAGGAGCAUAUACACUGCUAAUUGAGUUGUUAGAUAGACAUUUUAAAGGCUAUGUAGAAGGAAAGAAAGAAUUGGAAAGAUUUGUGCUUCAAGAAUUGAAUACCUUACGAGCCCUCAUGGAUACACAACCAGAUCUGUUGGAGCCUAAUGGUAUUAAUUUAAUGAAAAGGAUGCUUGAUGAGACACAAAAUCAAGAGAUAUUAAUUUUAACACUGAAGUGGAUUAGUAUUUGUUGUUUAAAACAUGAACAGAAUCGUCAGAGAAUAUUUGCUACUGAUAUUGUCAGCAAUUUCAAAGUUUUGCUGCAGAUAAAAGGAAAUACUAAACUUCUCAGUGAGACACUAUUGGCCAUUAGAAGAUUUCCUCUAGACGACGACAUCAGGGUUGAGUUCGGAAAGGCACACGAACAUGCCAGAGAUUUCGCCAUACAGCUACUGGACUCACUCACUGAUAUACUUAUAGAGAACAGUGCACCCAGCUGCGCGGGCGAGGUGAUGUCUACAGUCAGCGCGUUACUUGUACGUCACGAGUUGUGCGCGACGGCCGCGCGGUGCUGCGACGCGCUGUUCGCCUUACUGGCGGACAACUACGACAACGUGGUCGUUACACAGCAGGCUGUUAAACUAAUAAUCGCUCUAGCUGGUAAUGAUGAUGUGAAAAGACAGUUGGUGAAGAGUGGAAUCGUGCCGAUUGUAGUUUCACUAUUAUCACGUCACACGAGUAACCCAACAGCGGCGGCGUUGAUACUUAAGUGUAUAGCUGCGUUAUCCCUCCGCGAGCCUGAACACAGCAAACAAUUUCUAGAAAACGGCGUCGCUGAAGCCGUCGUUGAGUGUCUGAAGGUGCAUCAAAAUAACGCUAAUGUGCAGAAAAACGGCUGCUGGGCCAUUCGUAACAUGGUGGCGAGAUGCAAAGAACACAACUCCAAGUUCCACGAGCUAGGCAUCCAGGCUAUAUUGGAUAAAUCCUACGAUAUGUUCGGGAAAGAGUUUGGAUUUGACAUCAAGUCAGCGCUGAGAGAUUUGGAGUGUGACGUCAAGUUGGACGAGCAAUGGACCGGCAAAGGAGUUGAGAUAGACCAAUAGACGGGAAAAGACGAGCAGACGAGACGCAAAAGACUCAUAGGGAAGACUUAACACUAAUAAAAUAUACGCUUUUAUGCAAUGAUAAAAUAACUUGGAUCUUGGAGCUCAAAAUUCAAGAUAAAGUUUAGUUAAUGGGCUGACUCAUCGGCAAAAACAAAAUUACAUAAAACUUUUGUAGUAUUCAGUAUUCACUGCUAAAUUUUGCAAUAGAUUUAAGUACUGUUAUCAAACGAUCAAAACUAAAAGGCUGCUACAUGGCAAAAUCAUUAUUAUUUAUUUAUCGCUAAUGGCUAGGAUGUAUUAAAUGCUAUAUUUUAAAACUUUUUGAUCGUUUGGCAAAACUGGAGGGGGAAGACGCAAUUGUUCAAUUUUUAGGUGAGGCGGAGGAAUAGCUCCGCGCUAUUGGCAGAUCGCGAUCACACGGUGACACGUUAUUGGUAGCUUUUGUGUGUUAGUGGACAGCGCGAGAAUGUAAGGCUGCGUUUCCACUGAAGCGGAGCGGAGCUUAGCGAUGCCGA